GGGGCUGGAGUCGGCGUGGCCAUGGUCCUGAUCCUGCUGGUGGCCAUCCCCCUAUUGGUCCACACCACCAAAGGGGGCGCGUCCGGAGGAGGGGGUACGCAUUACGAGAUGUUGGGGAGCUGCAAGAUGGUGUGCGACACUUUCACCCCACCUCAAGGAGAGUUGACAGGCUCCUCCCCUCAGCCCCCAGACUUGGCAAACCGUAGAGGGAAACAGGGUUUCAGAGGAAACCCAGGACUUCCCGGUCCCCCGGGGCCUAAAGGUCCUCCCGGAGAACCCGGGAAGCCCGGACCGCCAGGGCCGCCGGGGCCCGGGCCGGGCGGCUACGGCCCUUCAUUGUACACUCCCAAAAUCGCCUUCUACGCCGGCUUGCGGAAACAACACGAAGGCAGUGAGGUACUGAAGUUUGAUGACGUGGUGACCAAUGUGGGGAACUACUACGAGCCCAGUACGGGCAAGUUCACCUGCCCUCUGCCUGGCAUCUAUUACUUCACCUACCACGUCCUGAUGAGAGGAGGGGAUGGCACCAGCAUGUGGGCUGACCUCAAAAAGAACGGGCAGGUGAGGGCCAGUGCCAUCGCUCAGGAUGCAGACCAGAAUUACGACUACGCCUCUAACAGUGUCAUCCUGCACCUGGACGUUGGCGACGAAGUGUGCGUGCAGCUGGACGGCGGCAAAGUUCACGGCGGAAAUACCAACAAAUACAGCACCUUCUCCGGCUUCCUCAUCUACCCUGACUGA